AGGAUUAGUGGAUGUAAAAGGAUCCAUUGAAAUAUGAAUAAUCUUACAUACUUUAUCGGACUAGCACUUCUGGGACUGGUAGCAGCAGGAGGGGUUGGGUCAGCAGAAGAGCGGAAUCUAUGUGAAAUACUUGUGGACGAUGAAUGUUAUUGGACAGAAGUUCAUGAAAUUAGAGACGUGAAUUAUACAGUUGCUUCCACCAUAUGCAAAACCCAUCGUUCUGUCGUUGCUGCAAUACAUACGGAAGAGGCUUACAAUCAGACAAUGGCAAAUAUAAGAAGCAAAAUUCCGCCUAAUCGCAGUUGGACCGUAGUUUGGACCGGAAUGAAAAUCAAUUCAAUUUUCAACCACGUUCUAACUCCUGAUGUCUACAUGAGCUGGUUUCCCGGACUUCCAUGGGACCACAAGGGGGCGAUCACAAAGUUUACACAUAUCUAUUUAGAGGUGAAACGUAUGGAGAAUUCCAAAUAUCAAGGGAUGCUGUACAGAGAAGGAAGAACUGCUCUUCGAGGAGUCGUUUGCAGGAAAAAUUAGAUUUCAUUAUUUUUUUGUGGUCAUACUUUCACACAUACAUUGACACUAGAUCAAUCUAUUGUUUGAAUCUUUGAACGUUUAACAAGUUUGAAUGUAUAUAUAUAUAUAUAUAACUGAUAUGGGUUAUUGUUAGGGCUGGGCCUUUCGAAUCGAAUAUUCGAAUAGAAUAGUAAGUUAUUCGAAUCGGUUUUGAGCAAAAUUUCGAAUCGCCGCCAUCUUGUUUUUUUUCGCUUCCGCCAAUGGUCGAGGUAAAUUUCUCAAUUUUUUUUUAUGGAAGUCAUAUUUUUUCAACGGAAUUCUGACAUAUAUCUCUUUUUUGUAGUGAGUUAUUGAUGAAAACGUUUUUUAUUGGGUGUGAACGCUCAGCAAUCUGCCUGAGUAAAUUAUUUUAUGUUUUCAGUAAUUUAUGCGUCUUGAGGACCUAAUACAAUAAAAAGUUACAUACAAUUUUAUAUCUCCCCAAGUAUUCGAGAUUCGAUUCGAAAAAAUAUUCGAUUCGAUUCUGAGAUCUUCAGGUAUUCGAAAAUGCCCAGCCCUAGUUAUUGUAGUGCCUUAAUACCCUUAAAUUUCGUAAAUUCUACUCAAACCAGAUUUUGAACUGAAUAUUUACGAAUGAGCAACAUAAUAUCAUUCAUAGUAAUCAUAUUUGUGAUAGCAAUGCGGCGUCUCCAUCGAUGACUCAUGUAAUUUGUCUAUUGUGAAACAUUAGCUCUAAAAACUUAAUGGAGAUUGAGAAAUAUUGUGACAAGUGGUUUUGGAAACAAGUUAAAAAGUUAAAUACACAGUGAGUCAAUUGAGCAUUUCCUUACACCGUCUAUUACGUCUGUUUUAUAUAAGCCCUUCACACAGAAGUGAUUGCACUGAAUAUGUGGUCGCAACACAAGGUAAUAUUUGAACCAAAAAAAUAUGAUUAUUGUCAGCAGAAUUUCUCGAGGGGCUUCAACAAUUCUUAAAUAUACCCUUUGAACACCCGUUCAAAAAUAAUUAGCAACUGGGAAUUUUUUUCCGAUCCCAAUAAAUAUAUUUGGCUAUUUAUUACAUACAAAUAAAUCCAAAACCAUUUUAGUGUGCUAUAGAAUAUACAUUUUUAUAUUAAUCAAUAUUUCUUUGUUCAUAUUUCCUUACAGUACCAGAACAGUAGGCCUACACAGAACUUCUUCAUUCGUUUUUAAUGUUUGUAUUUUUUAUCAAUAGGAUUUUAUGUAUAUGAGUCUUUUUGUAUUUCUAAUAUGAUUGACUUAUACUUUACUGAACGUAACUUUACGUAUGUUUAAGAGAAUACAUUUCCAAUCCCCGUUUGUUCACCUCUCAUCGAAAGAUGUUCAAUCAUCGGUAUUAUUGAAAUUUUUUUAUCCAAUGACAUGGGUGAAAUUUGAAUUGUGGCGUUUACACUCGGGCAAUAUUUUACCAUACGAGCCGUCUGAGAGCGACUGCCAAUUCAGGCGUAUCUGGACUACACUAAAUAUAUCCAUGUUUCGUAUCUUCUUCUUUUUUUGACCUAAAAUAUUUCUGCGAAGUUAUAUUUGGGAUGAUUCACCUGGAAUGUAUUCUCCUAAACGUACGUGAAGUCACGUGGUGGUUAUGACGAUUUGCAAUUGUUCUUGUAGUCACACUCGUAAAAGAAGUGUAAAAUGUAUCUGCAGCGUACAUUUUAGCAACAUCAGUGUAAUUUCAUUUAUCAUUCAUAUGAAGAGUGCUGAUUAGCGUUUGUGUUACAACUUAUUUCACAUUUUUGCGUCAAGGAAGUUGGUUGCUUCCACGUCAAUUUUACCCUUUUUUGCAGUGCGUCGUAAACAUAGUUUGGUUUUCCCAGAAAGAUGGAAGAAUUAUAUAAUCAGAUUUACACAUUCAGGUUUGUUUGAAAUGAAACAGUUAUUGCCAUAUUUCUAUUUGCAUGAUCCAUUUAACCCCUAAGAAAUGAACACGAAUCCCGCUCAUUUUAUAGCAGUGUUUCGUAUAUAUUUACUGUAUAUAUAUGUAUAUUUUUUUCAGAACAUGUAAAAGAUAUUAUAUCCAGAUACAAGCCAAUAAUUUGCUAGAUAAUAUACAGUUAUCCAUGAAAAAUAAAAAUAAAAUGCA